UUACGCCCAUUAUACCGUCGGUGAGUGAACUCUGUUAUACUGACGAGACAGACCUCUCUCUCUCUCUCAGUUUUCGAAAACCAGGCUGAAAGACAUGGCAAACAGAGCGAGUCCUCCAAAUCUCCACAAAUCAGUUGCCAUCUCUAAAGGAUACAACUUCGCUUCUACUUGGGAACAGAAUGCGCCUUUAACUGAGCAACAGCACGAAGCAAUUGUGUCGCUCUCUCAUGCAGUUUCCGAGCGACCCUACCCUAACAAUUUGGCGCAAGAUCAUGCCUCUGUGAAGGAGAAUGGUGGCUUGACAGUUUCUACAAGGGACAGCAGUUUUGGUGAAUCUCAAGGCAUUGAUGCAGUUUUAGUCAAUACAAACCAGUUUUAUAAAUGGUUUACUGAUCUUGAAUCGGCAAUGAAAUCAGAGGCGGAGGAGAAGUACCAGCACUAUGUCAACAAUCUAACGGAGCACAUGGAGACAUGUGAUGAUAUACUUCUCCAGGUGGAUGAAACUCUCGACUUCUUUAAUGAGUUACAGCUGCAGCACCAAGCUGUUGCUACAAAGACUAAGACUCUUCAUGAUGCUUGUGACAGACUGGUAGUAGAGAAGCAAAGACUGAUUGAAUUUGCAGAAGCAGUUCACAGUAAGCUCCACUACUUUGAUGAAUUGGAGAAUCUUAAUAACAAUUUUUAUGCUUCAAAUACGAAUGUUGGAAAUGAGAAAUUUCUUCCACUGCUCAAAAGGCUUGAUGAGUGCAUAUCAUAUGUCGAAAGCAAUCCACAAUACGCAGAAUCCAGUGUUUAUCUGCUUAAAUUUCGACAGCUCCAGUCUCGAGCCCUGGGCAUGAUUCGAACUCAUGUGCUUUCUGUCCUGAAAAAUGCUUCAUCUCAGGUUCAGCAUGCAAUCCGGAGCACUGGAGGCAGCAAAACAUCUAUUUCCGAGGGUGUAGAGGCAUCUGUAAUCUAUGUCAGAUUCAAAGCAGCCUCAACUGAGCUUAAGCCCAUAUUGGAGGAGAUCGAAAGCAGAUCAUCAAGAAAGGAAUAUGCCCAGAUCCUUGCUGAUUGCCACAAGUUGUACUGUGAACAGCGGCUUUCCUUGGUAAAAGGGAUUGUACAUCAGAGGAUAUCUGAAUUUGCCAAGAAAGAGGCUUUGCCAUCAUUAACUAGAUCUGGUUGUGCAUAUUUGAUGCUGGUUUGUCAACUUGAGCACCAACUCUUUGAUCAUUUCUUCCCAUCUUCUUCCGAGGAUAUUUCUAGUUUGGCUCCACUUAUUGAUCCUUUAUCUACUUACUUGUAUGAUACACUGCGCCCAAAACUUAUUCACGAAACAAAUGUCGAUCUUCUAUGUGAACUUGUUGAUAUACUUAAAGUUGAAGUUUUGGGAGAACAACUUAGCAGACGGAGCGAGUCAUUAGCUGGGCUACGACCUACAUUGCAGCGAAUUUUAGCAGAUGUUCAUGAGCGAUUGACUUUCCGUGCUCGGACAUAUAUUCGUGAUGAAAUAGCCAAUUAUAUACCUUCUAAUGAGGACAUGGAUUACCCUGCAAAGUUGGAGCAAUCUACUGAGAUGAAAUCAGAAACUAAUUCUGUUGAUGAAAACCCAGAUGUAUUUAAAACUUGGUACCCACCUGUGGAGAGAACUCUAUCAUGCCUUUCAAAGUUAUAUCGUUGUCUAGAACCAUCUGUCUUCACUGGUUUAGCACAGGAAGCGGUGGAAGUUUGCUCUGAUUCUGUCCAGAAAGCUAGCAAACUCAUUACAAAGAGAUCUACAGCAAUGGAUGGGCAGCUAUUUCUUAUCAAGCAUAUUUUAAUCUUAAGGGAGCAGAUUGCACCAUUUGAUAUAGAAUUUUCAGUCACAUACAAGGAACUCGACUUCUCUCAUCUGCUGGAACACUUGAGACGGAUACUUAGAGGUCAGGCCUCGCUAUUUGAUUGGUCAAGAUCAACUUCGCUGGCAAGGACCUUGUCUCCCCGAGUUUUAGAAAGUCAAGUAGAUGCAAAGAAGGACCUGGAGAAAAGCCUAAAAGCUACUUGUGAGGAAUUCAUCAUGUCAGUCACCAAGCUGGUUGUGGACCCCAUGCUUUCCUUUGUUACCAAGGUGACAGCUGUGAAACUUGCUCUGUCCUCUGGUAGUCAGAAUCAGAAAGUGGACUCUGUUAUGGCCAAACCACUUAAAGAUCAAGCCUUUGCUACUCCAGAUAAGGUGGCUGAACUUGUUCAGAAGGUAAAUGCUGCAAUUCAGCAAGAACUUCCGGUGGUGAUGACAAAGAUGAAGCUUUAUCUGCAGAACCCAUCUACACGAACAAUUCUAUUCAAACCAAUAAAGACAAAUAUUGUGGAGGCGCAUGUUCAAAUACAAUCCCUAGUAAAAGCUGAGUAUUCACCUGAAGAACAGAGCAUCAUCAAUAUGACAUCCAUACAGAACCUGCAAGCAGAACUUGACAAUCUCCUCUAAUACACUUGUAAAGACUAUAGCCUGUGCAAUUUUUACUCCCACCCUUUUUCCAUCAAAAGAUUCUAAGCUAUUUUUCAACAUUCUGAAAUUAUUGAAGAAUUUCUGCACGGUCGAUAUUUCAAGAUGAGAUGGUAUUAUAUAUGUUUCAGCUUUAUGCA